AUGCCGACGAAAAGCAGCCUCUUGGUUCCAUACUUUCUACUUCUCGUCUUCGCGACCAUCGAGCUCGCCCUGGUCUCGCGUAUGGUGGCCUUUUUACACAUACAAAAAACUCAAGUCAAGACAUACCAAGCUCUCGGGAGCGACUCGCUCGGUUUCAAGAUACAUGUUCUGCCCGAGAAGCUGUCACUAAACCAGGGACACACUACAAAUGGCGCUGCAGGAUAUGGGUUGGUUCUUAGUAUUGCUCUUUUGGCAAUCACAUUCUCUUUCCGAAAUGAUACGAAACAUAAAAGGAAACUUCUCGCAAUGACCAUCUUGCUUGGACUGCUGGUUCUUUUCAUCAUGUCGGCCUUUAUCUACGUCUUUGCCGUCACAUACCUAACGUCUGACAACCGCAUCAACACCCGUUACGCUCAAUCCAUGAAUGGUGCCCCUUACCCGAUCGACAGUUGGACGCCCGAGACAUGGUAUAAAGCAUUACUCCUGCUGCCACUUGCAAAUGUCGACUUGACAGGUGCAUACCAGGAAAUGGUGGCUUGGAGGUGGUGGAUAUUUCCUUACCUGAUGGCGAGCAUUUUGGCAUUUGGCUGGACUGCUAUCGUGUGGAUCGACGAAAGGGUGCCAAAACGACCAAGCCAUGGCUAUGUGGUAUACGGAAAUGGUGAUGAUGGUCUGCAGAGAAAGAUAGCGACG